AUGUACAAACAAGAUUCCCUCAAGCCGUCGCCGCUUAACCCCAACCGUGACGCCCCUAACAGCUUGGGCAGAGAGGACACGGGCGGCAAUGAGAGCGACGCGUCUGACAGCUCAAGUGGUCUCGGGAUUAAUUUUUAUGAUAACCGCCGGGGUGGUCGACGCAGUGUUUGCUAUGACAAGGAGGAAGCUGAGCAGAAAGACUAUCAAGGCAUCGCCGCUGUCUCUCAAGUUAAAGGCCCGCCGCAAGGAGCUGCAAGACGUCCAUCAGGGGAGAGAGCGAAGCCCACCCAUGACCACCUCCUCAACCCGCCCUCCGCGAGCACCCUUCUCCAACAAACCCCGCGCCUCGCCAACUUCGCUGCAAAGCUGAUCCCCGAGCUCGGAAAGCCGUCGUCGGUGCUGCUUGACGAGCUGAUCGAGGAGAACCUGAGAGGGCAAGCCGAGGACUUUGUACGCAUUGCCAGCAGAGCGACGCCCGUGCGGGCCUUGUCGACGGCAGGCGUCCACUCACCACGCUCUGCCAGCAGAAGAUCGGUUUCGGCGCCGGUAGCUCAGGGCCUGGGCCUUGACGUCCUAAGUGGAGGCGGUGGUGGCGUUGUACAGUUUAUGGAUGAUGAUGUGGAGACGUUGCAUUUUCAGACCAGCCGCGGCAUUAUUGAAACAGCUCCACUGGCCCCCCUCUUCGAGAGCCCUUCAUCGGCAAAUCCAACGUUCGAGUCAACCUCAACCUCAACCUCAACAUCAAAAUCAACAUCGACUUCAACGACGCAGACACAGAUCCGCAAAUUGAGCGCCAACUGGUCUAGUAGCCCGCACAUUGGCAGUGUCACGGGCCCCAGAUAUCGCAUCCAGAGCGCGAGAGAGUUGAGCGGGAAACGACUCGGCGGUGGUGCUGGCAGCGGAUUCAGCCCUCAUAGUUCUACGACCAAGAUCAAGAACAGGAGUAGUAGUACCUCUUCUUCUUCUUAUAUUUCCAAUUCGCCAAGUGGUCAAGGCCUUGCCAUCGGCAUUCCCGCGCCGGCGUUUAAAAACAAGCUUCGCAUCCCCAUCCACUCCAAGCCUUCUCCUGUCCAGGUCCAAAAGCGACCAGACCGGAGUUCAGAGCACCGGAAUCGCGGCCCGGAGUGGUUCAGCCCCGAGGAACGUUUGGCCAUUACAGAGCUGGUAUUUGCUUCCAAGCUCAGCUGCGAGCACCACGUCAAUUGCAGGACUUGCAUCGAGCAGCAGUAUUCGUACUACGAGAACAACGCCCUGCCGCCCACCAUGGAUCCCGACCAGAGACAGAAGAUCAUCAACCGGAACCGCAGUCUGAGGAACAUCAAGAAUGAACUCGAAGCCCUCGCUGAGACUGGUGCCAUCAGCGAUGAAGCCUACGAUGCCAUCAUGAGCCACUUGCCCCAGGAAUCCUCUCUCAACCGCGCAGCCUCAACACAAGCAGAAGCACAAGCUCCAGCACCUGUGCCUGCGCCAACCCCGUCUCCUGUCCCAACGGCAGCCUUCAACGCCCUCCAAGUCUCAGCAGACCCUCCCCCACCAGCCUACACCACACCCGCCCUCCCAAGCCGCGAACCCUCGGCGCCCCCGCCCAAACCCAAACCCGAAAUCGCCAGAGCGACGGCCCUGUAUCGCUACACCGAGCCCUCAGACUGCAACUUCGAGCCAGGUGACCAGAUCGCCGUGCACGAGUACAUGAACGCCGACUGGUGGCUCGGCAGGAACCUGCGCACCGGCAAGGAAGGCGUGUUCCCCGUCAACUACGUGCAGGUUCUGCCUGCGCAGCAGCAGCAGAACAUGAACCCAUACGGCGGCGCUUACCCCAACGAGAAGAUGGGUGGUGGUGGAUAUCCCGGACAGUACAACCAACACCAGCCGCAGCAGAUGGGCCCACCACCGGGGGCCGGACCCAGUAACCCUUACGACAGCAGCGUGCCUCCCAUGGCAAUCGCGGAGCAGCCAAGUGAUGGUGGUAAGCAGCCGGGUAACAAAGGGUCCGAGAUGGGCAAGAAGUUCGGCAAGAAGCUAGGCAACGCGGCGAUCUUUGGGGCUGGGGCAACGAUUGGUGGGAAUAUCGUGAACAGCAUCUUUUAG